CGGGGCGGGGCCUGCGCGCCCCCGCCGGCCUCCCUCCGCGCCCGGCGCCGCAGCAUCCCCGCGCCCGCGCCCGCCGCGCUCGGCCGGGCCUCGCCGCCGCCAUUCCCGCGCCGGGCGGGCCCAGCGUCUCUCCUGCAGCCGCCGUCUGAGAAGCCCCCGGGGGGCCCGUGACCCCGUGGAGGGGACCUGAGCCGCCCUGUGCGUCGGAGAUGCGGGGGCGCGGGGACCUGGCCGCCCUGCCACGUCAGGCCAUGCCGCAGGGCCCCGCCCGCGGGCUGUGAGCCGCCUGCCCUCACCCCUGCCCACAGCACUCACCGCUGACGCCCCUGCUCGCAAGGAUGCUGCUGCCCACGCUCGCCCUGCUGCUAGGCAUGGCCCUGGCCUUCGCGCCUGGACCCAGGAUCACCUGGGAGCACAGGGAGGUGAGGCUGCUGCACUUCCGCGAGCCCGGCAUCUCUAACUACUCCGUCCUGCUCCUGAACGAGGCUGGGGACACCCUGUACGUGGGCGCCCGUGAAGCCGUGUUCGCUCUCAGCGCCCUGGACGUCUCCCAGAAGCUGCAUGAGGCUUACUGGAAGGUCUCAGAAGAUAAGAAAGCAAAAUGCGCAGAGAAGGGGAAAUCCAAGCAGACCGAGUGUCUCAACUACAUCCGUGUUCUGCAGCCACUGGGCACUGGGGCCUUGUAUGUGUGCGGCACCAAUGCCUUCCAGCCCACCUGCGACCACCUGAACUUAACAUCUUUCCAGUUUCUGGGGAGAAACGAAGAUGGCAAAGGCAGGUGUCCCUUUGACCCAGCCCAGAGCUACACGUCCGUGAUGGUCGACGGAGACCUGUACUCCGGGACCUCCUACAACUUCUUGGGCAGUGAGCCCAUCAUCUCCCGGAACUCUUUGCAGCACGCCCUCUUGAGGACCGAGUACGCGAUCCCAUGGCUGAACGAGCCCAGCUUCGUGUUUGCGGACGUGGUGCGGGAGAGCCCCGACAGUGCGGCGGGCGGGGACGACCGCGUGUACUUCUUCUUCACCGAGGUGUCUGUGGAGUACGAGUUUGUCGUCAAGCUCCAGAUCCCCCGUGUCGCCAGGGUGUGCAAGGGCGACAGGGGCGGCCAGCGCACGCUGCAGAAGAAGUGGACGUCCUUCCUCAAGGCGCGGCUGCUGUGCUCCAGGCCCGACAGCAGCCUGGUCUUCAACGUGCUGCAGGACGCCGUCGUGCUCCGCGCCCCCGACCUGAGGGAGCCCGUGUUCUACGGGGUCUUCACGCCGCAGCUGAACAACGUGGGGCUGUCGGCCGUGUGUGCGUACAACCUGUCCGCGGUGGACGCCGUCUUCUCGCAGGGCAAGUUCAUGCAGAGCACCACGGUGGAGCAGUCGCACACCAAGUGGGUGCGCUACAGCGGCGCCCUGCCCACGCCGAGGCCCGGGGCGUGCAUCGACCACGCGGCGCGGGCCGCCAACUUCUCCAGCUCCCUCAACCUGCCCGACAAGACCCUGCAGUUCGUCAAGGACCACCCGCUCAUGGAUGACUCCGUGGCCCCAGCGGACAACAGGCCGCGCCUCGUCAAGAGCGGCGUGAACUACACGCAGAUCGCCGUGGACCGGACCCGCGCCCUGGACGGGACGGCCUACGACGUGCUGUUUGUCAGCACAGACCGCGGCGCCCUGCACAAGGCCGUCAGCCUGGACGGGGAGGCCCACGUCAUCGAGGAGACGCAGCUGUUCCGGGACCCGGAGCCGGUGCAGAGCCUGCUGCUGUCUUCCAGGAAGGGCCAGAAGUUCGUUUACGCGGGCUCCAACGCAGGGGUGGUGCAGGCCCCCGUGGCCUUCUGCCGGAAGCACGGCUCCUGCCAGGACUGCGUGCUGGCCAGGGACCCCUACUGCGCCUGGAGCCAGGCCGAGGCCGCCUGCGUGCCCCUGCACGAGACCCCCGACUCCCACAGGUCUCUGAUACAGGACAUGAGUGGGGACGUGUCCAGCUGCCCAGAUAGAGCGAAAGAAAGUUUCCGGCAGCAUUUUUUCACGCACGGCGGCACGGCCGAACUCAGAUGCUCCCAGAAGUCCAACCUGGCGCGGGUGGUGUGGCGGUUCCAGGACGGGGCGCUGGCGGCCGAGAGCCCCAAGUACGGCCUGCUGGGCAGGCAGCACCUGCUCAUCUUCAACCUGUCCGCGGGGGACAGCGGCGUGUACCGCUGCCUGGCCCAGGAGAGGGUCCGCAACAGGACGGUCGAGCAGCUGGUGGCCAGGCACGUCCUGGAGGUCCGCGUGCCCCUGCCAGCCACGCCCGCCGCCCCCACGGAGAGCAGGAGGCUCACCCCCGGGGUGUCCGCGGGGCCCACCCAGGGCUCCUGGCCGCAGACCCCCGCGCCGCGGGCCCCCACGCCGGGCGCCACCGCCCCGCCGGCCGGCUCCGCGCCCCCCAGCACGGCCUGCGAGCCCGGGGUCGUCAUCAACACGGUGCCGCAGCUGCACUCGGAGAAGACGCUGUACCUCAAGGGCGGCGACAACAGCCUGCUCAUGUUCCUCUUCCUCCUCUUCUUCCUCCUCUGCCUGGGCCUCGUCUCCUACAACUGCUACAGGGGCUACCUGCCCGGCCCGUGCCUCAAGUUCCGCGCGGCCGUGCUGCUGGGCAAGAAGCAGCCGGCGCCCGACUUCUCGGACUGCGAGCAGAGCGUGAAGGAGACGCUGGUGGAGCCGGGCAGCUACUCGCAGCACAACGGCGGGCAGCCGAGGCCCGCGCUGGACACGGGCUACGAGACGGAGCAGGACACCAUGGCCAGCCGGGCGCCCACCGACCGCGAGGACUCGCAGCGGCUGGACGACCUCCCCGUCCGGGACCGGCCCUUCGACGUCAAGUGCGAGCUCAAGUUCGCCGACUCGGACGCCGACGGGGACUGAGGCUCAGCCCCGGCUGCUGCUGGCCUGCCCCGCCCCGCCCCGCCCGGCCCCCGCACUGGGGGUCUGCAAACCUCCAUCUUCUGUGUCUCUUUCUCUUGGGUCAAGCGUGUGACGUGAUGUCUUUGUCCUCUGGGAAGACGGCAAGCCCGCCCGGCCGCAGGGGCACGGGGAGUGCAGGGGAGGCGGGGUGGGGUCCUCACGCUGGGGUGGGCGCCGCGGGACCACCAGAGUCUGCCCCUGCCCCUCCCCCCUCGCAGCCCCUGAACGAUAAUUUAAUUCCAGAUUGGAAGUGACGUUUUAGUUUAUCAGAUUGGUAACUUAUCGUCUGUUGCCCGAUUGGCACGAACCUUUCCUUGCCCGUUUUGUUCGCGUGUUUGUUUUCGGAGUUGGUUUUGUCUUGUCUGUUUGGUGUUCGUUUCGUUUUUUUGUUCCUUUCAUUGCUGAAGUGUAGACGCUUCCGUCCCCCGGAGAGAGUCUCGAGAUUUUGUUUCUGUCAGGAUAAGAUAGGGCUUACGUUGUUCAGAUUCUCAGGGAUAAACUUAUUUUUGCUAAAAUGCAUUCUUUCUGCUUUUUCUAGAAAUCCAAACAAAACCAUCUCUCGAGAACACAGGCAUUUUUUUUUUUUUUAAAAAGUUUUUUGAUUUGGUUCCUUGCAGGAAAUUUGGUUUUCAGAGAGAUUUUCCUUCUAUGCUCUCCGUUGUUGUCAUUCUCUUUGUUUUUCCAAGAUGGAGAGUCGGGGAGCGGGCGCCUCUGCGGGGGCCGGGGCCCUGCGGUCAGUCCGGCUCCAGCACAGGCUGCCCCCCAGGUCAGCGGGCCUUGUCAGCUCACCCCAGCCCACCGCCUGCUCCUCCCUCGCACCCACGGCCCCCCACUCACUCCCAUGUGCUGCCCCUCGGGAACCUGCUGGGUGGCGGGGCCCGGGGUCGCCCCGUGCCCGCAGAGGGCCGGCCUCUGUGUGCCCGGGGUGGGGCCCUCCCAGCUCCGUGCCGUGAGACUGUUUCGGUGUCAAUGUUCGUGUUUUAUAAGAUUUACUUUGUUUUUAUUUUUCUACCUGGAAUUGUAUACAUUUGCAAAGUAAUCAAAUAAACUAGACACUUAUAUCCUGGA